UGGAGGUUGAUCCCGCCUCCGUGACGUCACGGGCAGGGCCCGCCCCCAGCCGCCCACAACUGUUAUCGCUGAGGCUCCCGAGCGCCCCGGAAGCUGCCCCUUCUCGGGGGUCAUGAUGGGCAGCAAGAUGGCGUCCGCCAGCAGGGUCGUUCAGGUGGUCAAGCCACAUACUCCAUUAAUAAGGUUCCCUGAUAGAAGAGACCAUCCUAAACCCAAUGCAUCAGAAGUUUUGAGAUCCGCAGGACUACCAUCUCACUCUUCUUCAGUUUCACAGCAUUCUAAGGGAAGUAAAUCACCAGAUUGGCUGAUGUAUCAGGGUCCACCAGACACUGCAGAAAUAAUAAAAACAUUACCUCAGAAAUACAGAAGGAAACCUGUGUCUCAAGAAGAAAUCGAAUUUAUCCAGCGUGGAGGUCCAGAAUAAUCAGACAAUGUGGCUGCUGUUUUUCAUCAGGCAAAAGAAUAGUCUUUACAAUAAAGGACUUCCAAAAUGACAAACGAGAAACUGUAAACAACUUUAAUAAAUAUUCUGUAAAAAAAAUAUAUAGGAAAUUUAGAUGAAUACUUGUAUCUCCUAAUUUAUGUAUCUUGGUCAGCUUCACAAGCUUACCUAAUUGUUUAUAUACUUUAUACUUAUUAAAGUACACAUUUUUCAAUGUUAGCCUAUUAAUUUACUCUUAUGAAGUAUUAACCAGUGUUGAACUAUUAAAAGUACAAAGUGUCUAGUAAACUGUCAUGUUUCCCAUAAUUUUACUUUUCUUUCAAAUUCUAUUGAGACAUAGAAUUUGUCAAGCAGAAUUAUUGCUUUUGGGAAGUGAUUUUACUGAAAUUGGAUGAGAAUCAGUGAAGUAUUUGUUCUUAAUCUCAUUAUUUGUUCUAAUCUCAAUGUUUUUUUCAUUGCAAAGUUACUGGCGUAUAACUGGCUUAAUAAGCAUCCAACUCUAAAUGAUAAAAAUAUAGCCAAGGUAGCCAGUGACUUUGUGGUAUUAAGACUAUUUGUAACCAUGUUCAGAAAAAAAGUCGAGUAUAAAAUGGAAGAGAGCAGAAUAAAUAUAGGAAUAAAUGUUUGACUAGAAACUGCAAUUUAUUGUGUUUAGGGCUGUUAAGAAAGUCUUGUUCUUUAUUUUACUGUUUUGAUUGUGAUCAUGUAUGCAAAUCCUGAUAACCAUUAACUUUCUCAAACUUAAUGUCUGAAAGCCUCAUAAAAUCAACCUAAAUUUUAACCUUAAGGCAAUUAAUGAAAUUUCAACAGGGUCUUCCUGUGCCAAGGAUAUGUAUUAUUGUGAAAGUAAAGACUGACAAAGCUAAAUAAAUUUUCUUCCAUACCUUUAA